GUGUCACCGCCUCACCGGCGGCCCCCCUCCUGCAUUUCCCCCCACACCGAUUCGGCCAUCGAGAGAGUCCCGUAGGCUCGCCGGGAUCGCGGUCCCAACUCCCAAGCAGGAUGGCCGCCAACUUCUGGACGUCGUCGCACUGCAAGCAGCUGCUGGACCCGGAGGAUGUGGAGCUGGUGCCGGCGGCGGACCGGGAGCGGGGCAUCAUGCCGGAGGAGUUCCGCCUCGUCAAGAUCCACAUGUCCUUUCAUAUCUGGCGGCUGGCACAACAGGUGAAAGUUAGGCAAAGAGUUAUAGCUACAGCAGUCACUUACUUCAGGCGUGUGUAUACAAGAAAGAGCAUGUCAGAGUAUGAUCCUCGUUUGGUUGCACCUACUUGUUUGUAUUUGGCGUCAAAGGUGGAGGAGAGCACAGUGCAAGCACGUCUUCUUGUCUUUUACAUAAAAAAGAUGUGCGGUUCCGAUGAUAAGUAUCGGUUUGAAAUUAAGGAUAUCCUUGAAAUGGAAAUGAAGCUCCUGGAAGCACUUGAUUAUUAUCUGGUUGUUUUUCAUCCAUACCGUCCUCUCUUACAGUUAUUGCAGGAUGCUGGCAUAACAGAUCUGACGCAAUUUGCCUGGGGCCUCGUGAAUGAUACUUACAAGAUGGAUCUUAUUCUCAUAUACCCACCCUAUAUGAUUGCACUUGCCUGCAUAUACAUUGCAAGUGCCCUUAAAGACAAGGACACAACUUCAUGGUUUGAAGAACUCCGAGUCGACAUGAACAUUGUUAAGAAUAUCUCAAUGGAAAUUCUGGAUUUUUAUGAUACCUACAAGAUCGAUCCUCAAAGAGGCCUCCCAGACGAUAAGAUUAGCCCUGUGCUGAACAAGUUACCAGCAAAGUCUUAAGCUCCAGUUUCACUAUUUGUUGCCUACUUCAAACUAAGCAUGAGCUAGUAGCUACCAAUUAGCUCACACUUCCACGGCGGGAGUGCACGUGUUGUCUGUCACAUAUAUUGGUGAACUACCUCUUAGACUCACAAAUUCAACUUAAGGCAAAAAUAUCUGGAAUGCCAAGUUCGAAAGCUCAAAUUUGAUGGCCCAUGGUAGUAGAUGCUGUAUGUGCUUGUACUCAUCAAUUGUUGACAUCGUGACUUUUGAUGCAGCAUACCGAACUCAGUAACAUCUGCAUAUUUUUAACCA